UUGGGGUCUCAGAUAGCUGGGGCUGGGAGGAGACAGGGGGGCUGGUUUGCAUGAUUUGGGAGCGGAUGGUGGCUCCAGGCAGGGCAGGGGCCAGCCGUUCAGCUCCCGCCACCCUCCUGCAACCAAGAACACCGAUAAUACUACCAAUAGCGUGACAUCGUCCCCCCUGCCCCGUGCCCCUGCUGUCCACGCCUCCCCGAGCCCAGCCACCCAUGGCCGAGAGCGGAGAGAGCGUCAUCGCCUGCCCGGUUGUCGCGGCUAACCCACACAUCAUCCGAGUCACGGUGAAGACCCCCAGGGUGAAGGAGGAGUUCGUGGUGCCGGAGAACAACACCAUCCAGCAGUUCAAGGAGGAGAUCUCCAAGCACUUCCACUGCCAGACCAGCCAGCUGGUGCUGGUCUGUAUGGGCAGGAUCUUGAAGGACCAGGACACACUACGGCAAUGGGGGAUCCACGACGGCAUCACCGUGCACCUGGUCAUCCGGACGCACAAGAGGUCCCAGGAUGACCUGGUGCUGUGCAGAGCUGCAACCCCGGCCCCAAUGUCGUCCCUGGACACCUCCCCUGCCAGCAGCGCCUACGACUUGGUCAGGCAAAGUCCGGCGAGCCUGGAGGCAAAGGCUUUGGGCACCGAGCUGCAGACCCAGCCACCGCUGCGGCCCCACGCGGAGGCCGCGGUGCCGACGGUGGAAAACCUCUUCAUCCACAGCAUGCUGUCUAACCCCGAGCUGAUGCGGCAGCUGAUCCUGGCCAACCCGCAGAUGCAGCAGCUGGCCCAGCAGAUCCCCGAGAUCGGCCACGUCCUGAACGACACCGACAUGAUGCGGGAGAUGCUGGACAUGGUGAGGAACCCGGACACCGGGCCGGACACGAGGGGUCCGGACCAGGCCGCCAGCUGCCUCGAGAGCAUCCCAGGUGGGGACAAUCCCUUGAGAGGUGCCUACGUGGAGCCCCCGGAGCCGAUACUCGGCGCCGCCCCCGACCCCCUGGGCCGCGGCCCGUUGGCCUUGUUGGUGAGGAACUCGUCUGCGGAAGAGGUGGCGAGGGACGGGCUGCUCCCCUGCGUCGACGCCUGGGACCAUUCGCCUCCUCCCUCCGUGUCCCAGAGCGCCACCAGCAUUUGUAGCACCAGCACCUACGGCGACCCUGAGAGCAGCGUCGUCAGCUGCAGCUCCGGCCCCAUCAGCCGAAGCUGCUCCGUCCCCAGUCUUGGACACGGGGCUGGGACCUUCCCCCUGGGGGGGCUCCAGAGCUUGGCACAGCAGAUCGCCGAGACCCCCCAGCUGAUUGCAAAUUUGUGCUCCUGCUACACCAAGUGUAUGGUGCGGUGGCUGAUUCAGAGCGCCCAGGGGGCCGUGCUGGCGGCCGAGAACGGCCCGCCGUCGCCCGAGCAAGUCCCUCCGUGGCUGCCCAGCGUCUUCUGGCAGAGCCAGAGCCCCGAGAUGCUGGCGGCCGUGUGCAACCCCAAAGCAAUGCAUGCUUGGGCUCAGAUCGAGCAGGGCCUGCAGACGCUGGUGGCAGAAGCGCCGGUGCUGCUGCCCUGGCUCACGCCCCGUUUGUGGGGCCUGGGAAAUGCCGGGAGCUCUCUCAGCUGCACGGUCGUGAGCCUGGCCCAGGGCGAUCCAUCACGCCCGGUAACAGCAGCCUCCGAGCAGAGGCACCGGGUCUCGGACGUGGCGCAGAUGUUGCAAGCUCUUCCUGGGACCGACCCUCAGCAUCUCCCCGCUCCUGAAGUCAAAUUUCAGGAGGAGCUGGAUUAGGUCCCUCCUGCAAAUGCACGUGGGCUGGGCAGGGCACAGGGCAGCUGUGAAAGCCACCCAGGAGAUACCAGCACAGCAGCGGGGAAGCAGAAGCAUUCAGCUCAACCACCCGAGAGACCUUUCCGUAACAUGUGUGACUGCAGGCUGGGAUUUCAGUCUGAUGAACAAAAGCCAGUGUGGGGCACCGGGCUGUGGGCAGCUGCUGCUUCCUUGAGACAUCAGUGCUUUCUCCAUUAG